CUCUUCCUUUUUCCCUUUCGCUCCCUUUCCCUCUGCAGCUCUCGUCUGGGCCUAUCCCGUCUAUCUAUUCGGCAUCCUCGUGAUCUUUUUGAUGACACCCUCCGCCCCCGUUCUUUAGCUACCUCGUCGUCGCCUAUAAUCGGCCCGUAAAAUGAUUGUCCGACGACAUAGUUGGGUCCCUCUGGGGACCGCCCUACUCCUCUUUACCGUGUGGCACUGCUUCUUCUCCCCUGAUCAACCCUAUACGCCCGGCUCUGGUACCCUCCCGACAUCUUACGCCGGCGUUCCGGUCACCGUAAAUGACGAGGGCUAUUUCUGGAAGACGUUACCCACCCAUUAUCCUGUCCGGCACCUGAAGCCACUGCCAACCGGCCAGCCGCUUCCUCUUCCUCCCGUCCAAGCCGAGUUUGGCCCCGAGUCCAAGGAGGAUGCAGCUACUCGCCAGAAACGCCGGGCGGCCGUCAAGGCCGCCUUCCUUCGCUGCUGGACAUCCUACAAGACCAGGGCCUUCAUGAGAGACGAGCUGUCCCCUAUCAGCGGCAGAUCCAGAGACCCCUUUGGCGGCUGGGGAGCCACUCUGGUCGACAGUCUAGAUACCCUGUGGAUCAUGUCUCUGCAUGAAGAGUUUGAGGUGGCUGCCACAGCUGCGACCAAGAUCAACUUCGAGUCCACUACUCUCAGCGAAGUAAGCGCCUUUGAGACCACCAUCCGCUAUCUGGGUGGCUUCCUCUCGGCUUACGAUUUAAGCGGUGAUCGGCGGCUGCUACGCAAAGCUCGAGAGGUUGGCGAUAUGCUUUACAAGACUUUCGAUACGCCAAACCGCAUGCCCAUCUCCCGCUGGGACUUCCACAAAGCUGCCCAGGGUACAAAGCAAGUGGCUCCCGACCGGGCGUUGAUCGCCGAAGUUGGUUCUCUCUGCGUGGAGUUUACGCGCCUAUCUCUGGCGACAGGAGAUCCGAGAUGGUUUGAUGCCACCGAGAGGAUUCGCGAAGUCCUCGAGGCCCAGCAAGACACAACCAAACUGCCCGGCAUGUGGCCGAUUAUGGUGAACCCCAGAGACGAGGUAUUUGAUUCUGACGCCACGUUUGGGUUAGGGACUACGGCAGACAGUACCUACGAAUAUCUUCCCAAGAUGUACGCCCUCCUCGGGGGCCUCAUACCUGCCUAUCAGACCAUGUAUGAGAAAUCGAUGGCGACCGCCAUCAAGUUGAACCUGUUCCGCCCCAUGGUUCCGGAGGUACCUGACAUACUAAUAGCGAGAACCGUACGUGCAGCGAAGAGCGGCGGAAAGGUGGUCUUAAACUUUGAAAAUUCCGGUGAACAUCUGGUCUGCUACGCCGGAAGCAUGCUGGCGCUGGGUGGGAAAUUGUGCGGGAACCCGGAACACCUGGAGACGGCCAGGAAGCUGGUCGACGGCUGCAUCUGGACGUACAAGGCAAUGCCGUUGGGCAUCAUGCCCGAGACGUUUGACAUCGCCCCCUGCGCACCCGGCACGGAGUGCGAAUGGGACGAAGCCGCGUGGAAGCGAGCGGUGCUGGAGCGGGCGGGCGAGAGCGACGUGACGGAUACGGCCAGAGCGGACGCGAUUAUCAAAGAGAGGGGGCUUCCGAAAGGGUUCACGAGGAUCUCGGACGGCCGCUACCUCCUGCGGCCAGAGGCUAUAGAGAGCGUCUUCGUCCUGUACCGCACGACGGGGCGCCGGGAUCUGCCCGAAUCGGCGUGGGCCAUGUUCAAGGCGAUCCAGGCCAACACGAGGACGCCGCUGGCAAAUGCCGCGCUAGUGGACGUGAACGUGAAGAGAAAUCCUCAGCAGAUAGAUGUGAUGGAGAGUUUCUGGAUGGGCGAGACGCUGAAAUACUUCUACUUGAUCUUUAGCGAGCCGGAUCAUAUAAGCCUGGACGACUGGGUGUUCAAUACCGAGGCACACCCGUUUAGGAGACUGAAGUAGCGAAGAUUCGUUUCCUGGCCUGGUGAGCCAUAGAUAAGGCGUUUCUUUUAGAGGAUAUGUAUAGGACAAAUGGUUGAGGUCGGUAGCUACUGGAAUGGGUGCCUAUGGUCUACAGCCUACAGGCUAUGAAUGUGGGGUAGGGCUUGGGUGGGUUGAGGAUUAGGUAAUGCUUGCAUAGUGGCUGGCCAUUAUUAAUUAUGUAUACUACACCUGAUAGACCUAUAGCUCCAGAUAGGGUCACCCAGCGCAACCUACGUAAAAGUACCUGGUGUGUUGACUGUGCUAUAGUGAAAGGGGACUGGGGGCUUCUGUGUAUAAGCACCUAAAGAUAGCGGCCCUUACUUACUUUGGGCACGUCGCAUUGUCUUAUCAGGGCCCUUUAUCUCCUAACCCAACUUCUCGCCUCACUCGACUUUA